AUGAAGACGCAUGAGCGUUUUGCGGAUCCAACUCAGAAAACAAAUCAAACAGUUGAGGUAGAUGUUACUCCUUAUAUUUCAGAUGAUUUUCAGGAACGAAUUCAGCGGCCACAUCCUAUCUCGGAUAGGCACAAAGUGGAAUUCAAGCGUCUGUUAGAUGAAGAUGUUCGAUUAGGUUUUCUGAUAUCAGUAUCUCCAUCUUAUAAGGUAAUUCAUACAAACCCAGCAUUUGUGGUAAAAAUUCGUGUUGUUGCAUCAAAAUUGGGAGGUCCUAUCUGUAAUGGAUAUUGCUCAAGCCUUCAAGCGAAACAGAACGGAUUUGUAUUGAAUCCAUUAAAAUCGAUGUUUAGUGUACCACAAUGUGAAUAUUUAGGUAUGAUAGUGAAUGUAAAUAAAGGAAUUUUCAUUCCAUGUUUUCACGUUGAUUCUUUACUUAAGAUUCCAGUUUCAACUAAUGGGAAAACGUUAAAGAAAGUAUUAGCAACAUUUAAUUUUUUUGCUUUUCAUAUGCUUGGUUAUAAACAAGCUGUUAAAGCUUUAUAUAAAUUUCAAUCCGUUAAAGGUGACAUUUCUAACAUUAUAGGUCUGCCAUAUUCUCAUUUAAAGAAGGUCAUUGCUGAUGCCAUUACUUUAGAACCGAUAAGAAGUAGUUGUAAUGGUCUGGAUAUUUUUCUUUCGGCAUCAUCUAUGUCUUUUUCGUUUAUUUUGACCGCUCGAUAUCGAGAGGGGAGAAGAAUCUUCGAUGUCGAAGCAAAUAAUGAUGUCGGACAGUAUAGUUGUUAUGUGGCAAGCAUGUUUAAGAAAUUACCUUGGAAUAAGCAGGAAUGCAUGGAUAGUUAUGAAAACGAUGGAGAUGCUAAGGUAUUGCUAUGUAUUGUACGUUCUUCAAAGGCAACAAAAGUUGAAUGGAAUGACGUCAAUGCUAUUUUUAAGGACAAGUUGACUAAUGUGGAACUUGUAGAGGGGCUUCUGUUUGUAGAACAACGGUUAUUUAUUCCGGGUUCAUAUUGUGAGUUGGCGAGUCAGUUGCUUCAUACGGAUCAUUCGCCAUUUCAUGCUAUUAACCCGUCUGAGGAAGUUGUUAUUACUUCAUGGCUUGCGGUUGAGAGAGUUUAUAAAAGAUCUCACUGUGUUGUGCUUCAUUAUGAUAAAAAACAUAAGAUUUUAGUGUUAACGGAUGUAGCUAGUAGCUAUCCAAUGACAGUGGAAAUAAAAGAUGAAUCUACAGAAUCAAUUAUAUAUGAGUUUGAUUUUUUAUUAUCUCAUCUUAAUUGUCUUAUUUUUAUUACAAUGGAUAACCAACGAACUUUUGCUUCACAUGCCGUUACCGAACAUCUUGAGCGUUUUCGCAUUCAAGUAUUGUUUAGUGUUUCAUUUGUAUCAGAAUCUAAUGGAUAUGCGGAACAAAUGAAUUCGGUUAUUCUGAGAAAUAUUGAUAAAAUAUUGUCUUUUUCACGUACAUUUAAGAAUGCAUUAUACAGGGCUGUGACAUUGGCACAGAAUAAAGUGGUGAAAGAUGGAUCAACAGCGCGGGAGAUAUAUUUUAAGGCAUCUUAUAAAUUACAUGAGUUUGCUUCUAAAUAUCAACAUUUUUGUACACUUUUAAUGAAUCGUGAAUGCUGGUUGAAACGGUCAUCGAAUGAUCAUGAAUGUGUAAAAGCUAACUUGGUCCAACGUUUGUCUAAACACUGCUAUAGAAUUGAGUUCAAUGGCACUAGUUUUGUUAGGAAAUGUGAUAGUAUCCAGUUUCUGGAUGCUGGGGGUAAGGUAAUUUGUCAGGAGGAAUUUCAUGCUGGUCUGUAUGCUUCAAAACCUUCAAAGGGGGAGGAUGUAACGAAUUUCGUUUAG